AUGGAGCGGAGAUCAGAUACACGGCAGCUGGAAAAAAUAGCUUACGCUAUCAUGAUCACGGCAAGAAAGUUGCGCCCCUACUUUUUAUCACACAAAAUCAUCGUCAGAACAGCGUUGCCUUUUCAGCAAAUUUUGGGAAGGCCAGACCUCGCAGGUAGAAUGGUAAAAUGGGCCAUUGAAUUGGGUGAAUAUGAUGUGAUGUUCGAACCCCGUACAACCAUUAAGGUGCAGGCCUUGGCUGACUUUAUCCAAGAGACCACGAGAUGGCCGUUGCGAGGACCAUGGACGGCGCAGGUUGACGGCUCCGUCAUCAAGGAAGGGUGUGGAGUCGGAAUAUAUAUCGAAUCACCAGAAGAUGGAGCUUACCAGUUUGCGAUCAAGUUCGAGGACAAGCUGUCGAAUAAUGAGACAGAAUAUGAGGCAGUGAUAAGGGCCGCCCACAUCUUGAAGGAGCUCAGAGCAGACACAACCAUAAUCAAGACCGAUUCACAACUAGUAGCCCAACAGCUGAGAGGUGAAUGUGAGGUUCGAGAUGACAGAAUGAGAGCUUAUUAUGAUCAGAUGCAGCAACUCAAGGAAAAAUUUGAAGAACUGGAAAUAGUACAAGUACCCCGAGAAGAAAAUCGAAGGGCUGAUCUGCUAGCAAGGAUGGCCAGCGCCGUCGAACAAUCAUGGAACGAUGAAGUCACGCUCCUAUUCGAGCCAAAGAGGAGUCCAGAAGUCCAAGUCUGCGCCGUCGAAGCGGGGAAUGAUUGGCGAGCCCCAAUAAUUCAUUUCUUACGCACAUGGGAAAGAAUGGAGGGAAACACAACAAAGUACGCUAGAUAUGAGAAUUUUUGCUUGAUCAGCAACCAGCUUUAUAAGAGAUCUUUCACACAUCCGUUCCUCAAAUGUUUAUCAUCGGAAGAGGCAGAGUUUGCUCUAAAGGAAAUCCAUCAGGGAUGCUGUGGGAACCACGCGGGAUACAAAGACUUGACCAGAAAAAUCAUCAGAGCAGGUUUUUAUUGGCCUGGCAUCGACAGGGAUACCAAAGCUUAUGUAAAGAAGUGUGCAUCUUGCCAAAGACAUGCGCCAAGAAUCAACGUCCCUAGGGGAGGAAAUGGGGAUAAUGUACUCAGCACAUCCCUUCGACAAAUGGGGAAUUGA